AUGAAUGAAGAAGAGAAAACAGCGAUAAUACAAAACCUUAACCUUAGGGUAGGGAAUGAUAUAAAUGAUUUAAAAAGUACAUUACAAAUACAGGCUGAAUUAACAACCAAACGAGAUUUACUUUUAAAGAAUCUGAAUGCAGCCAACAAUGAAGUGCCACAAAAACUAGCGGCCGCUUUAGAAAAGGCAGAAUUGAAUUCCAGUCACAUAGACAAAUUAAAAAGUAGAAGUGAUGAGCUCAAGAAGAAAGUUGAAACAUUCUUGAAUAAAACUGAACCAUUGAGAAAUGAGUUUGAUAAACGUUUUGCUGCCAUCAACAAAUUGGAAGAGGUUUUAAUUUAUUUGAAAUCAUUUGAAAAAAUUGAUGACUUGAGUAAGCAGAUGAAACAGUCCAAUGAUGAUGAGCAGUUGGUCCUGUUGUACUCAGAGCUCAAGAACAUGUGUAUACAGUACCAGAAAGGCCACAGAGCCAGCUAUGUGAAGGAAUAUACACAUUACUGGCAUAAUGUGCUGAAGGAGAAGCUUACUAAAAACUAUGAAGAUGUACUGAAGCUCCUAAAGUGGCCAUUCUCAGCCCCACCAGAGAAUCCACCGGCACCCAAAGAAGUUAUGGUGAAGUUCAGCAGCCUCACCAAGUACCUGUUCCUUAUUGAAGAACCUGAGGAGUUAGUGAACAAUAAUGUUACUACAGAAGACUGGCAAGAAAAAGGUCCAUGUCUGCCAGUAAGAGUGUUACUAAGACCUCUCAAAAAGAGGUUUCAGUUCCACUUCACGGGCUCACGGCAAACAGCUCGCAUUGACAGACCGGAGUGGUUUCUUACACAAACCCUCACUUGGAUCAAAAACCAUCAAGGUUUUGUGAGGCAUCAUGUCCAGCCCAUCGCUGAUAAACUUGAACUGAAACAUGUUUAUGCAGUGGACGAAUUCAAUGCGGGCCUAAUUGCGUUAGCAGCAGAGAGACUCCACACUGUACUAGCAUUGUAUCACACACAAAGUUCUAAAGGCGAAAUAGUCGACGUGGAUGCGGCAUUUGCUCACGCCGUGGACGAAACACUAGGCUUUCAUAGAGAACUAGUAGAAAUCACUGGGAGAGAUAUCAAUACUGUGCUUUCGGUGCUGACUAAGGUGGAAACAUUCUUAAGGUGGCAAACUGUGGAGAAGAAAUACGCUCUAGCAAAGAUGGACGAAAUCCUAGAGUCUCCUCAAUGGAGCGAAGGAGUGGGAUCGGGUGCAGGGGCAGCCACGGGCGCCGCGCUAUGGAUACCACGCGCCGCCGACUGGUUCGUCACGCUACUGCGGACUAUUGAGGACAGAUACAAGUUACUACCACAACCGGGACAUAGGCUAAACUUCCUCGAGCUACAACUAGAGCUAGUAGAAGAAUGGCGUAUCCGUCUAACUCAGUUGCUCAGCGCUGGACUAGAUUCCCUCCACGUGGACUCCUUCCUAUCACCGGACUCGACAUCACAUCCAGUAACAGCUGUCAUCAAUGCUGCUCAUCAUACUAUGACUGUAUUGCUGCAGUGGGCGCAUUCUUUGCAUUACCUGCAACUACAUUUCUACCGACGUCAGUUCCACAACUUCACUCAGCAACAACACCAUGACGAGGAGUUCAGUGAGGAAACCACUGAUACCGACUACACUGAGUCUGAUGAAACACCCGUCAAGAAGCAUAAAGAAAUAUCUGCGCAUGCUCUAUCUUUAAUGGAAGUGGAGUUACAAGCGAAGAACUUGGCGCUCAGUGAGAUGUCCCGGAGAAACUCAUUAGUCGUCGAACUGAACCAGUAUGACAUAACAAUGCCAAUAGCAAAUCCAGCAGUAGCCGAGCCUUUAACAGGUGAAGACGAGGCGGAAGAAGCAGGCGUGUUCGCUGAAGCUCCCGCGUUACUUGCUCGUCUGAGAGACAGUGGGCUCGCGUCUCUAGCUGAACAUAUACUGCUCGAGUUCAAAGCUGGAUUGAAGGACUAUAAGCGGCAGAAAUGGCACAGCCUCGUAGUAGUAGAGCAGCUAGCACUAUGCGUGUCUAGUUCCCUGUGCCGGCCGCUGGCGGCGCUGUGCGCGCGGCUGGCCCGCGCCGCGCACUCGCUCGCGCCGCCGCUCACGGCCAGGCUCAGGGCGCAUCUCGCUGACAUCGUCGAUAAUUAUAUUUUUGAUGAGAUAGUCCUGGAGAGUUGGUUCAACACGGGCGGUACGAUGCAGUUCACGUAUGACGUCACAAAGAACUUGGUCCCUGCGUUCGCUCCACCCAACAAAGUGGCUACGGAAGUCUAUCAGUUACCUCGACUACUGGAAGCCUGCAAAAUUCUCAACCUAGACUACGACGACGCGCGUCGACUCCGAGCUUGCCUUACAAAGCAACCAGCAGCCGCUGAAGAACAAUUAGACAAUCACAAAAUACGUUUCAUAACACCAGCUCAAGUAUUACAGAUUCUCAAUCAAAGAACUGACCUCAGUGACGCUUCAAGCCCUUCGUCAGUCAUGGAGUUGUUCUGA